AUGCUCCACAAUUUGACGGCUCCCAUGUUUGAACAUGGAGCCCUCGUCGAACCCGUCUCCACCAUUGUUGGGCUCACACUCGCCGUCUUUGGCACGCUCCAGAGCUCCCUUUUCACUUACACGGCUGUAAUGGGCCUGGGAAAGGGAGACGGCUGGAUGCCGCCGCCAAAGGAAUGGGGCAAGGCGUGGCCGUUCUCCAUCUCGACGGGGCUGGAGGGCCCAAAACCAAACGCGAGCGAGCCUCUCGGGGGCGCUGGAGGACCCUUCCCCGACGUGCACUUGUUCAAUGACGCUGGCGACUACUUGGGGUAUCCCAAAGACACGAACUUGUACAUCGGGCACAACAAGGGGCUUGCAAUAGAUGUAUACCCGAACAAUGUCCACAAGCACGAGGGCCAAUACGCCACAUUUGCUAUAUUGGCGGCCAAAGGUGAAGGUCGGGAUCCAUUGUGCAUCGUGGAUUUCGGACUCGGCUACCCCAACUACUAUAGCGGUGUGUACCGACAAGACGCCAACGGCUCAGUCCCUUGUUUCUGGCUCGGCGGGUAUGGCGUGCAAGGCAUGCAGGUACACCUGCCGUCGCACACCGUCGGGCAGACCGCCUUCGACAUUAACGACGAGGACAAGAACAAGACGCUCGAGGCCGCCCACGACUUCUUCUGCAACCACCCCGCCGUCCUCAGCCUCUGGAGAACACUGCCGCCCCGCCACAAGGUGCCCAGCCUGCUAAACACGGACCGGACCGAGCGGGGGCGCAGGACGCUCAACGACACCCUGAAGCUGCACGAGAACAAGAAGCUGAUGAAGCCCGGGAAGCGGCCCUCGUUGCCGCCGCGGGGCAGCGUCCCGCCCGAGCACGGGAACACCGUCACCAUCGCCCACGAGCUGGCUGGCCUCUCCGCCUCUGUUCUUUGUGAGAAUGGGAUGUCGAUGGGGCCUGACUUUGUCAACAUCCCCGAGGGCAAGUUCUGCCGGAUGUCGGACAAGACGCUCUGGCCCACGUGCGACCACCGCCCCCAGGUCGGGCCGACAGAUGAUUGCUUUGACGUUGAAUCGAAGCAGCUGGUUGUAGGGGGCAAGGUGACGCGCAGCGAGCCAUAUUCCAAGGAGAUGCAUUAUCCUCUCAAGUGA